AUGGUCGACCAUCUUGACAUUGAUUCAGAAGCAAAUGAUAAUCGUUUGAUACUACCCCAACAUGUUGGUCAAGACGACGAAGAGGAGGAGGAGGAGGAAGAUGAAAGGGCAAUGAUCAUAGGUAGUACUCAAUCAUUACAUUCCAACAGAUCAUUAUCAUUAUCAUUACAUGAUAGUGGUGGAGCAGGCACCAAGGAUGACCAUGACCAUGACCAUGACCACAAUGACAACAUGUCCAAGGAUAGUGGUAGUGGGGGUGGGGAGGGUGACGGCGCAACCCUGGAAAUACAUACUACGACCGAACAACCGGCAAAGUCUACGCCUUUGCCAUGGCGCAAACUGUCUGGACCUUACGUGUUGCUGAUCUGCGAGGCAAUAGGCAGCACAUCUUUGUACAGCUACAUUGGAUUCAUGAUCUUGCACUUUGGCAUCACGACCGAUCAGACCAAGGUCGGCUACUAUGCCGGCUUCAUCGCAUCAUCCUUCUCACUGGCACAGUUCCUCAGCAGCUUCUUCUGGGGCAAGAUGAGUGAUCACUAUGGCCGCAAGCCUAUAUUGCUCAUUGGAUCGACUGGCUCAAUCAUCUCGGUGUUGGCCGUGGGCCUCAGCGCCAACCUGCCCAUGCUGAUCCUAGCGCGUACAAUCAAUGGUGUGCUCAACGGAAAUAUUGGCGUGGUCAAGACUUAUAUUGGCGAGAUCACUGACAAGACUAAUCAGAUCGAGGCAUUUGGAUACAUCGGCCUGACUUGGGGAUUUGGAAGUAUCAUUGGUCCGAUGCUUGGUGGAGUCCUGAGUGAGCCCGCCAAGAACAUGCCUGCAUUGUUUGGAAAUAAUGUGUUCUUUGGAAAGAUGUUUCCAUUCCUGCUGCCCAACCUGCUCAUUGCUGUGCUCACUUCAAUCGGACUCGUAUUUGUCUACUUCUUCAUGAAUGAGACAUUGCGACCCGCGAGUGGCACUAUCAUUGCUCGUUCAGAACCAGCCUUCAACACCAACAUGGUUGGUGAGGAGGUCGAGGGCGAGGGCGAGGGUACUGAUCACUCGAGAUCCACCAUCGAACUAGAGUUAAUCCCCCAAGAACGAUCAAUUAACAACCAAAACGAUAGGUUGGGUGCGGUCAUCGUGGGAGAUGACUCGCGGGACGAGAUGGACCAUGAUGACCUCCAUGCCUCAUUGCGAUCGAAUGGUCAAAGAAUGAAGGAUGGCUUCACAGCCCUCUCAGGAAAGCUCAUAUUCUGGAAGAAGGGUGAUGGACCCAGCAGAGGAACCACCGACGCCACAAUCCAGACACGAAAGCGCUUCAAGUUGCCCAUUGACACCAACUUAUUCAAGGACAAACAGAUCAUGGAGACAACAAUACUCUACUCAAUAGUCGGAAUGAUAUUCACAAUGUAUGAUGAAGCAUUCCCUAUUUGGGCCAUCGCGCCAAAGGACGAAGGAGGCCUUACAUUCCAGUCGCGAGACACUGGCAUCUGUGGUGCCAUCGGUGGUGCCACGGUGAUCCUUAUCCAACUGUUUGUGAUCAAGCCAAUUGGACGCAAGUAUGGCAUCAUCAAGGCGUUCCGCUUGGGAUGUCUGACGGCCGCCCUCUCCUUCCUGACAAUCCCCAUUCUCAACUAUGUUGUGCCCCAGGUGACCGACCCCGUCACAUCUCACUGGGUCCUCUUCUGGACGGUGACCACGCUGUUCUUGGCCUUCAGGAACCUUGCCGGCCAGCUCGUGUUCACGCCCGUGAUGACACUGAUCAACAACGCGGCAACCUCUCGCAAGAAGGGCGCAGCCAACGGUCUGGGCCAAUCGAUGGUCGCGCUGUGUCGUGCCAUCGCACCCACUGUGGCAUCAGUCGCCGUCGCCUGGUCGCUAACGCCUGGCCACCCAUUCCCCAUCAACGAAUGGUUCAUCUUUUUGAUCAUGUCCUUACUAUGUCUACCGCCAGCCAUCUACACAUGGUACCUGCCAACCUCUCUCAAUCAACCGAUCGAUGAGACAGGAGAAGAAUCACUACUUCACACUGCAAUGCUUAUGGAGUAG